AUGGUGUAUGAAAGUAUACCGAGAACAGUGCGCAUAAUAUUACUUGGUGAACCGGGAGUCGGCAAAACAUCAUUAAUUCUUUCCUUAGUCACCGAGGAAUUCACGGAACAUGUUCCACCAAAGGCAGAAGAGAUUACAAUACCAGCAGAUGUCACACCUGAACAAGUACCAACAAAUAUUGUAGAUGUGUGUUUAAAUGAGCAGACUCUUGAGCAAGUUGCAGAGGAAAUUGAAAAAGCCCAUGUUAUUUGUAUAGUUUUCUCUGUAGACAAACAAGAAACCCUGGAUAAAAUAGCUUCAUAUUGGUUACCAUUUGUCAGAGAUAACUGUCCAAAUGACUAUCGAAAACCUGUUAUUUUAGUGGGAAAUAAAAUUGAUUUGAUUGAUUACUCUAUUAUAGAUAAUAUCUGGGAUAUUGCAGAGGAAUAUCCAGAGGUGGAUAGAUGUAUUGAAUGUUCAGCAAAGACUUUGACUAAUGUCUCUGAAAUGUUUUAUAAUGCACAAAAGGCUGUAUUACAUCCAAUCCAUCCUAUAUAUUCAAUUGAGGAACAGGAAUUAACUGAAAGGUGUAAAAAGGCAUUGUCAAGAAUAUUCAAAAUAUGUGAUCUAGAUGGUGAUGGAGUUUUAGAUGAUUAUGAAAUAACAUUGUUUCAAAAGAAGUGCUUUGAUACUCCGUUACAGUUGCAGGUUUUAGAUGAAGUCAAAUCAGUUAUUGCACAAAAUAUAGCUGGAGGAAUCGAAAAUGAAUGCAUCACAAUGAAAGGAUUUAUAUUUUUACAUUGUCUUUUCAUUCAAAGAGGACGUAAUGAGACAACAUGGACUGUUCUUCGUAAUUUUGGAUAUGAUGAAAGUUUAGAAUUAACACAAAGUUAUUUAUAUCCUAAUAUUAAAAUACCUUCUGGGUGCACUUCCGAACUUUCAUACAAAGGACAGCAAUUUUUGACUCAAGUUUUUGAAAAGUAUGACCAAGACAAGGAUGGCAUGCUAAACCCAACUGAGUUGAAAAAUGUAUUCUCAUGCUGUCCGCGGAUACCUUGGCAUAACUUAAGAUAUACUGUACCAACUAAUGAAAAGGGAUACUUGACUUUACAAGGUUGGAUGUGUCGUUGGACUUUAAUGACCCUUCUUGACUUGCAAAACACAAGUGCCUAUUUAGCAUACUUGGGAUACAAUUUCCUUGAAAAUGAUACUCAGAAAUCAGCUUUUCACAUAACUCGUGAGAAAAAGAUAGAUGUUGCUAAAAAACAAUCAAGCCGUAAUGUAUACCAAUGUCAUAUAAUUGGACCUCGAGGUUGUGGGAAAACAUCUAUAUGUAGAAGCUUUUUAGGAAUAGCACAUAAGAGAAUUAAACCGCACACAAACGAGCGAGGUGAUGCUCACAGUUGUGACAGUAACUGCUGCAUCAACACAGUACAGGUGUAUGGACAGGAAAAAUAUCUGGUGCUGAGAGAGAUUGCCAUCACUCGUGUUUCUGACCCGUUGCAACCGCAUGAGGUCAAUUGUGAUGUUGCCUGUCUGGUUUAUGACCUUACUGCAUCUAGAUCCUUUGAGUACAUUGCUAGGAUAUACAUUAAAUACUUUGCUGAGAGUCACAUCCCAGUUCUAAUAGUUGGAACGAAAGGUGAUAGUAUGGUGAUGAGGCAAGAGUAUAUUCUUCAACCUGAAGUUUUUUGUAGCAAGUACCAACUGCUACCACCUCAAGUAUUUAAUAUUAAGGAGAACAAACAUGAUGUCUUAGUUAAACUAGCAACUAUGGCUGCAUUUCCUCAAUUUCAAGCUGCUUGGAUUUUAUUCAGCAAACGCAGACACCUCAAACACUUUGCGAGUUUCGCUGGUGACAACACUUCCUGGUGGAAGGCUGGUAUUGGUGUUGCUGCAGCGACAAUCGUGGGCCUCGUACUUAUCAAGAUAUUGAACUUCCAGAGACAGUAG